AUGGACGUCGAGCAAGAAAUCAUCCCAUAUUCAUGUAACGGAGGUAAGCAAGUUGCCCUGGAUUUUGCUGAUCAGCUUCCCUCCGGAUAUCGAUUCUGUCCCACGGAUUCAGAGCUCAUUGUAGACUGCUUGAACGCCAAGAUUGAAUCAAGAGAGCCCCCCAAGUGCCGGUUACACGAGGUCAAUAUUUACAACCAUAGGCCUGAAGAACUCGCAGAACAUCAUCGGUCCCAUGAGAACAAGUGGUAUUUUCUGACUUCUCGGGAUCGAAAGUACCCAAAAGGAAAUCGACCUGAUAGAGCAGUACUCGGAAAACUUGGGACCUGGAGGACUACUCAAAAACAUAAGCCGGUGUAUGAUGCCACGUCUGGACAAAUGGUUGGCCACAAGGGAAGUCUUGCGUAUUUUGAGAAUGACAUCAAAACUAUGUGGCUAAUGCAUGAAUAUACAAUCAAUGGACCCAAUCUUCCUUUUGAAAACGGAGACAAGUUGAACGAAUGGGUGCUGUGCAAGAUUUACAAGAAGGUGCAAACUCGUAAAAGACGUCGAGGUAAGGAGGCGAUGGAAGAACCCAUAUCUUUGCCCAAGAGACGACGAGUAUCAGAAAACAAUGAAAUCAAUUUUUCAAAUGAUCACCACCCCGAACAAGUUGACGUUCAAGAAACUAAUCAUUAUUCGGAUACCUGCUGUGUUCAGAUGGUGGCACCUGUCCACGAGUUUGAUAUGAGAGGACAGCUAACACCUCCUCCGAUGGGGUCGACUGGUCACACAUGGGUUAACAAUGGCGACAUCAGAAUGAACUCCAUCCCCUAUCCCGUUCCAAUGCAACAGCAACCGAUGACUAGUACUGUUCAAGGUCGGAGUUGUCUAAUACAAGCACCACCACCAUGCUAUCAGAAUCAGUUUACUUCCAACGCAAGCAACGGCUGUCAAAGUUCUUAUAGUACUGCUUCAAGUUCUGUUUCUAUUGAACCACCUGCCUCCUCCGCACAACCACAUGAUGACGAUGGUGCCUACACAAGGAAUACUACUGACCAUGGUUUGAAUUCCAUACAACCAUGGCUGCACAAUGCUUGGGAUCAAGGUGGUGCUGCUGACAGUUUUCAUUUUCCUGAUGAUGGUUACGAUGCAACGAUAAGUGCCCAUGUUGAAGGUGGAUGGAGCUUGGAAAGUCUGGAAAGGUUUUUAAAUCAAUCCAAGGUGUUGCCUCAAGAUGAUGCUGCUGAAGAUUUUCAUUUUCCUGAUGGUUAUGAGGAGGCAACGAUAUCCGCCCCAGUAGAAGGUGAAUGGAGCUUGGAAAGCCUGCAAAGAUAUUUAAAUCAAUCAAUCGUGGUGCCUCAAGGUGAUGCUGGUGAAGAUUUUCAUUUUCCUGAUAGUUACAAGGCAACCAUAUCUGCUCCUGUUGAACUUGAAUGGGACUUGGAGAUUCUAGAGUCAUUUAGAUAA